AUGGCUCCUGUGAAGGUCUUCCUCACUGGUGUGACGGGAUACAUUGGUGGUGACGUCUUCUACACCGUGCACCAAGCUCACCCAGACUGGCAGUAUUCAGUUCUCGUUCGCAACAAGGACAAGGGUGCUCAAGUUGCCAGCAAAUACCCCGACGUGAGAAUUGUCUACGGCGAUCUCGACUCGUCUAGCAUUAUCGAGGAGGAGGUCAAGAACGCUGACAUCGUGUUCCACUGCGCCGACUGUGACCACGUCGCAUCGGCCGAAGCCAUCGCCAAAGGUGUCGCCCACCAUACCGCCCAGAAUCCAGUCUGGCUUAUCCACACCUCCGGCACUGGCAUCCUGACCGUCGAAGACUUCCGCACCAACACCUGGGGUGUGUACCGCAGCAAGGAGCACAAUGACUGGGAAGGCGUCGACGAGCUCAUCAACCUUCCCGACGACUCCCUGCACCGGAACGUGGACAAGAUCAUCAUCGACGCCGGCUUGCGCAACCCCACCAGCGUGAAGACAGCCAUCGUCUGCCCGCCGACGAUCUACGGUCCUGGCCGCGGCCCGGGCAACCAGAAGAGCGUGCAGGCCUACUGGCUCACAGAAGCUGUGCUGAAGCGCAAGAGGGGUCUGCUGGUCGGCGAGGGCAAGAACAUCUGGCACCAGGUGCACGUGCAGGAUCUGAGCAACGUAUACCUGGCUCUUGGCGACGCCGCGGCCGCCGGCGGCGGCCAGGCCACGUGGAACGAGAAGGGGUACUAUCUCGCCGAGAACGGGUCCUUCGUCUGGGGCGAUAUCCAGCGGGAGGUGGCGCGCGUCGCCUACGAGAAGAAGCUCAUUCCGUCGCCGGAUGUCGAGCCUUUGCCGGAUGCCCAGGUGACCGAGUUGAAUCAGUUUGGUCUGUAUGCGUGGGGUAGCAGCUCGCGGGGCCAUGCGAUCCGCGCGAGAAAGCUGUUGGGCUGGAAGCCCACGCAGCCCAGCUUGAUGGAGCUGAUUCCUUCAAUCGUGGAUCUGGAGGCGAAGGAUUUGGGUCUGGCUUGA